AUGGCGGAAAGGAAUUCAUUCGAUCGUGCGGAGAAGGUUGGCUGGCUCAUGGCGAGCCUUCUUAAUCUUUACCUCACAUACUACUCGCGAGAUUCUUUCCCCUUUGAGUGGUUGCAGAAGACAGAGGACCUCGAGGUGUGUUGUAAGGAAACUUCCAGCGAGAAGGUGGCUUUUCCAAUAUCUCCAGAGCUCCUAAAGGCCAUCAACAAGUGCGAGAGAGUUACUGCGCCGGGGAAAGGCCAACAGGGCCUCCCUGGUAAUUGGGGUUUUGCUGGCUUCAUGAAGACCGCUGCCCACCAGGUUGUAGACGAAAUUCCCUUUAAGGCUACGGAUUUUUCUGGCCCACUCUUCGACGAGCUAGGCGUCGGCAUAAUAAUCGAUUCCUACAUCCGCAUUAAGGGUGUUCAGAUCUUCCAGCUUCGGCAUAAUCACUGGAGCUGCAUAGUUCGAGAUCACUCAAGGGCAUUUGAUGCAACACAGCAAGGAAAUUCCAGAGAUUAUCUCCUGAGAAGUGAACUGCUGGCAGUCACUUCAAUCUUCUUCCGUCAGAUGAAUGAGAUGGUUUGGCUUCCUGAGGAGGACCGGUACAUGGCUAAGCCAAUAUACAAGGAAGGACUUUUGACAGCAUGUUCAUCUUUGCACUUCCUCCCCAUUAUUUGUAUCCAUGGAUCAGUGCCAAUGCUGACAAUGCCCGUCAAGGCCACUGUUGUGACAUUCAUCUAUGGGAAAGUACGCAUAGUCCAAGCAACCUGCAAUCCAUCAGAAACAUACCCAACACUCAGCUUGACGCUGAGGGCUAUAUGCAGCCUAGGCAAGGACAACUACAACAAGAAGGUAGCCUUCAAUGUUCUGAAAUGGAUUUUCUGUCCUUCGGAGCCGGCCAAGGAGCUCGCAAUGAGAGGAAAGAGCCGAUCUAGUUACAGGCAGGCGUGA